AUGCUCCUCUCCGCUCUCGUUCUGGCAGCGGCAACCGGCGUCAAUGCCGAGCCCGCAGCUCCCGUCAUCACCCCGGCUCCCGUCGCCAUCGAGGCCCGGCAGUCUGCUGCGGCAGCCACAUACGAGACCACGUCGCCGCUCCCGCUCACCGACUACAUGUACCCAUACGACGCCCUGCCAGAGCAGGUCAACCCCUACCCCGUCCUCCGUGGACCUCAGACUGGCUACAACCGAUGCAACAGCACGACCGAGGGACCCAACGCCCUGUGCCAGACGGCCGUCUUCAACUCGAUCGAAGACUUUUGCUUCUGGGGAGCUCCAGGCACCAAUCAGACCAUCGGCGACGUCGAAGCCGAGGUCGUUUCUUUCUGCUCGCGCACAGGCCACGGAGGACGCAUCUUCCCCCCCGGCACAUUCAAGGGCCUCCAAUUCAUGCGUACCCCAGGCUACAUCCAGCUGGUCGGCGUGUUCGACCAGACGAGUGUCGGCCUCAACUCGGCCGACACUGGUGGCGAACUGGACCCGCACGGGGCGGAUCUCCUGGGUAACCCUCUGGGCGGUCUGUUCUACUCGAACGGGUUUACGUCGACGAAUGGGACAUACACGCAAACCCAGAGCUGGAACCAUUUCCUCGGCUCGGGGGUGUUCUGCCUCAAGCUCUGUGACCCCUCUUACUCGACGGACAAGAACUACUGCCAGAACAUCUACGACCUCAUUGGGUGCGAGUACAACAUGCCUGCCGACUAUGCUGCUCUGCCUGGCCAGUUUAUUUCCUGCGACGGAGAGCUGCAGGACGAGGUUGGCACCUAUGUUGAGAACGGACAGACUCUGACGUGGAGCCAGCCUAGCGUCGUGGCAACUCCGCCGCCAUGGACGCCCCGUAUCCCCGCGUCGUCCAACUGCGUGACGCACCAGUCGUCCGACCUCUUCCCCCUCUCGCUCCUCGGAUACCAGAGCACGGCUUCAGCGUCGGCUACCGCGUCCGUCUCGUUCUCGGCCGGUCCAGGUUCGACUACCGGUAAGGCGGCUCCCGUCAGCGGCAGUGGUAGCGGCAGCGGAGCGGCCGCCGCGUCGACCAGCAAGCCCAGCUCGUCGGCGUCGCGCGCGUCGCCCGUUGCCGCCGCCGCCAUUCUUGGCCUUGCCGCGUCCGUCCUGUUCAUGCUCUAA